AUGACAGACGUCGGCGCAACCUACACCGCCGCGGAUCAGCCCGCUGGAGCGUUCGAUAUCGACCUCCCCUUCACCAGCUACGACGAAUCCCACCCGCUCCACUUUUCCUCCCGACCAUGCAACAAAUUCGACGGGUUCUGGUACAUCGUCGGCUCGUCGCUCCCGCUCUGGAAGCCCAAGAAGAAUGUCGUGAUCCGAUACGUCCCUCACCCGGGCGCGAAACCUGACGAGGUCAAGUUUGCCGACGAGAUCCGAUCCGAACCUCGAUCCAAGAGCGCGGCUGAUUCGGAAGCUGUCCAGGCGUCAGGGUUGCAGUCUAAGUGGAAGAGGGAAGAGAGCUGGUUCAACAAGGCUUUCGGCAUCAAGGGAACCAACGUCUUGCAAAAGAACGCUAAGAACGGCGCGUCCUACCAAUGGACAGGCAACGGACUGCUGCGCUUCUUCCACUCCAAAUGGCAGGUCAUCGGCUACGGUCCUUACGACCUCACCGACACCUCGCGUACCAAGUUCGACUGGGUCAUCACGUACUUUGAAAAGACACCUGCAACUCCAGCCGGCAUCGAUCUGUACGUCCGCGACCCUAGAGAUAUGCCAGAAUCCACCUACAAGGCUGUUCUGGAUCAGAUGAAGGCGUUGAAGACCAAGUACGAGCAGGAACCGGAUAGCAAGAGGAAACAGCUGGCGGGCGAGCUGACGAAGCUGGCCGAGGAGUUCUUUGACAUUCCGCACGACGUGUGA